CUGACAGUGUCAAUGUCAUCCGUAACGUAACCUCAAACUUAAAAUAUAAUUCAAAACAAAAUUGUAAUUUGUUAGUAGAUUAUUUGAAAAUCAAGACUUUACAAUAGAAGUUUUAGGUCUAAUAAAUCAAUCAUGCUAUCAAUGAAGAGAUUAUCUACCUUUACUGCCACUAAAAUACCAUUAAACGUCCGUUGCAAUCAGAAAAGUGGCUAUUUAGAAAGGCAAAUAAAUAAACAUUGUAGCAUAAGUGUAUCUAAGUUGUGCUCAUCAUUAUCUACAUUACAUAAUUUAACACAUAAAUCCAAGCAUCCGCAAUUAGUAAAAUUCAAUGCGGAAUAUAAAGCUGCUCUUGCACUGUUCAGAAGAUCAAACUUGAACCAGAUCUCUGCACUAUUCAGUAAUCCAUCUCGAAGCUUACACACUAGCUCGACUAGAUACAAUCAGCCAAAUGUUGAUAAAGAUAAGAAUAAAAAGGAAAAGAAGAAAGAAGAUGAUGCCACUUUGUCGUCAUUAUUUAUGAAAGCAGCAUUUUGGAUGAUUGCAACAAGCAUUUUUAUCAUUAUGAGCAGUCUGAUGGUGCCAGCCGACUCUUCUUCACCUAAUGAGGUCGUACGAUAUGUUUCAUGGAAUGAAUUUGUAUACAACAUGUUGGCCAAGGGGGAAGUGGAACAACUAAUUGUUAGGCCUGAUAUAGAAGUUGUCACAAUCAUUCUUUAUGAAGGUGCUAUUAUAAAGGGCAGGAGGGCAACACAUCGAGUACAUCACAUGAAUAUAGGCGAUAUCCAAAGAUUUGAAGAGAAACUUCGAAAUAUUGAAAAGAGUCUAGGUGUCAAAGAAGGUGUUAGAGUCAUAUACGAUAGGAAUGGUGGACUGGCCAGCAAAGUGAUUACAACUUUGCUGAUUGCGGCCCUCGUCAUCUCUCUACUCUACUCCAGUAAGAACAUGAGAAUGAACAUAAAUCUUGGUGGAUUUAGCCAAUUAAGCCGAGCCAAAUUUACCUUGAUUGAUUCAAUGAGUGGACAAGGCAAAGGGGUGAAGUUUGAUGAUGUGGCGGGUCUAAGGGAGGCCAAAAUCGAAGUUAUGGAGUUUGUUGAUUACCUCAAGAGACCUGAACAUUACAAGAGCCUGGGGGCUAAGGUGCCUAAGGGGGCGCUGCUGCUGGGUCCUCCGGGAUGCGGCAAGACAUUGCUGGCCAAGGCCGUCGCUACAGAGGCCAACGUGCCCUUCCUCUCUAUGAACGGUUCGGAGUUCAUUGAAAUGAUCGGAGGUCUUGGAGCUGCUAGAGUCAGGGACUUGUUCAAGGAGGCGGCGUCGCGGGCCCCGUGCAUCAUCUACAUAGACGAGAUGGACGCAGUGGGGCGCGCGCGGGCGUCGGGCGGCGGGGCGUGGGCGCCAGGCGGCGGGGAAAGCGAGCAGACACUCAACCAGCUGCUCGUCGAGAUGGACGGCAUGCGCAGCCGCGACGGAGUCGUCGUGCUCGCCUCCACCAACCGCGCCGACGUUCUUGACAAGGCUCUGUUAAGACCGGGCCGCUUCGACCGACACAUUCUGAUCGACUUGCCGACCUUGCAAGAGCGGGAGGAAAUCUUCGAACGGCAUUGUAAAAGCAUCGUCUUAGAAGAACUGCCGCCGUAUUAUCUUAAGCGGUUGGCAUACUUGACGCCGGGCUUCAGCGGCGCGGACAUCGCUAACGUGUGCAACGAGGCCGCCUUGCGCGCGGCCACGAACAAGCAGAACAUCGUGCGGGCGCAGGACUUGCAGUACGCCAUUGAGAAAGUCGUCGGCGGUACGGAGAAGCGUAGUCACGCGAUGUCGCCGGCGGAGAAGCGCGUGGUGGCGUACCACGAAGCUGGACAUGCGCUAGUGGGCUGGCUGCUCGAGCAUACGGAGGCGUUGCUCAAGGUCACCAUUGUGCCGCGCACCAACCUCGCCCUGGGCUUCGCGCAGUACACCGGCUCCGAUCAAAAAUUACACUCCAAGGAAGAGUUGUUUGAUCGUAUGUGCAUGGCGUUGGGCGGGAGGGCGGCGGAGGCCAUCACGUUCAAUUCCGUUACGAGCGGCGCACAAAAUGAUCUCGAUAAAGUCACCAAGAUAGCUUACGCUCAGGUGAGGAUUUACGGAAUGUCUCCGCAAGUUGGCCUCGUCUCGUUCCCUGAUAAAGACACCGGCAAGAGUCCGUUUAGCAACAAAUUGAAGAACCUCAUCGACCUCGAAGCCCGCCAGUUAAUUGCGAAUGCCUACUACCGCACUGAAAGCAUCCUCAAGGCAAAUCAAGACAAACUAAUCAAUCUCGCUGAAGAACUUUUAAAAAAGGAGACUCUGAGUUUCGAAGACGUGAAAGCAAUCCUGGGCCCACCGCCGUUCCCAAGAAAGAAAUUCAUAGACCCGGUGGAGUUUGAGAAUAAUCUGAAGAGUCUAGAGCAAGCCGCCACGCCGCAGGAGUCUCCUAAUGUCGGCGCACCUUCAGCCAAGCCAGGAGGCCAGCCUGGCAUCGACCAUCUUAUAUAAAUACUUACUAAGCUGAGCUCUAUCUGACUCAUGGACGGACUAUGCCGAGGUUUUUAUUUGUUUGUCGGCCAUUUUGGAGUAGGCUUUAGCGAUAGUAAGAUUUGGAACUAAUAAAAUAGAUAGAAUACUGUUAGUAACAUUACUAGGCGCGUUUAAUCGUUGGUUUCUGAAACCAAACUCCCCUAUAACACAUUAUUAUUUCUAUUAUGUCAAAUUGAUGACACAUAUCGUCAUCUUUGUACAGGGAUUUUGGUUUGGGAAACCAACGGUAAGUUGAAAAGAAGCAAUUGUCAUUAGCAGCGUCCUGUCAAUAUCUAUAGUCUGUGGAUUGCUCCCACAGUCAGUCAUUAAGUGUCCUCCCUUAAUGUGCUAGUAUCAUAAAUAUAUACGCACGCUCUGAAUGUGGCAAUGAAUUUUCCUCCUAUAACUAUACCAUGAGCAAAGUUUAUUUCUGAAGACAUCUAGAUGUAAGACACUAUGUUUUUUAAUUAAUGAUUUUCGCUUUGGAGUUAGUUCAUCUAUUCACCCGGAAAUAUAACCUCUAAAGGUGAAUAUACACUAGAGCAAUCCUAUGUAAGUUGUUACGAAUAAUAGAAUACAGGUAAAGUAAAACCAGUUUCCUAAGCAUGUGUGAUUCGAGUAAGAGUAGAACAUAUCACAUACCAGCUCGUUGUUCUAGCUAUACUCACCUUAAGUGUAUUGGGGUGUCCAAGUAUUCCGUGUGUGUAACAUUUAACAUACUGUAUAAUGUCAAGUGAUUUUUAUAUGUACUAUCAAAAACAAAAGUGUUAUUAUUUAAAAAUAAACUUAUUAAAUAACGAAAAAUGUUUUAAACAUAUAUUUCAGGGAAAGUAGCUACACUAGUGACAUCUUUUUUUUGCAACUUUAUGAAAAUUGUACCUUAACUUUAUUGUUAACAUUUAUGUCUUGUCACAUCUGAGAAAUUCCAGAUACAUUUUAAAAAUCGUAGAUUUUAUGUCAGGUUUCAUAAGUUUACUUUGAAUAUAGUAUAUAUUCAUAUUCGGUGUCCUCAUUUGAACCCUUGUUAUAUUUUUCUUUGAUUAUUCUUUAAUA